GGUCCGCGCACUAAUCUCUCUCUCUCUUCUUCUUCUUCCACAAAUCAUCAUCAUCAAUGGCUUCUUGCGUCACCGGAACAGAGGCGGCGAUACGAGCCACGGCUUGUAGAGACGGCGACGCAGCCUCUCAUCUAAAGAUAGUCGCCGUCUUCGCCAUCUUUCUCACAAGUGUUUUCGGUGUUUGGGGACCAGUUUUACUCGCUAAAUACUUUCACGGUAAACCUCUCUACGAUAAAGCGAUUCUUGUGAUAAAGUGUUUCGCCGCCGGCGUUAUUCUAUCGACGUCUUUAGUCCACGUGUUACCGGAAGCGUUUGAGUCACUCGCUGAUUGCCAAGUGUCAUCACGUCAUCCGUGGAAAGAUUUUCCGUUUGCUGGUUUGGUUACGAUGAUCGGAGCUAUAACGGCUUUGUUGGUUGAUUUAACGGCGAGUGAACAUAUGGGACACGGUGGUGGUGGUGGCGGAGGGAUGGAGUAUAUGCCGGUGGGUAAGGCGGUUGGGGGGUUAGAGAUGAAAGAAGGAAAGUUUGGGGCUGAUUUGGAAAUACAAGAAAAUAGUGAGGAGGAAAUUGUGAAGAUGAAACAAAGAUUAGUGUCACAAGUUCUUGAAAUUGGGAUUAUAUUUCAUUCGGUGAUUAUUGGAGUAACUUUGGGAAUGUCACAAAAUAAGUGUACCAUUAGACCUUUGAUUGCUGCACUUUCGUUUCAUCAGAUUUUUGAAGGUUUGGGUCUUGGUGGUUGCAUUGCUCAGGCUGGGUUUAAGGCAGGGACAGUGGUGUAUAUGUGCUUGAUGUUCGCGGUAACGACGCCUCUCGGGAUUGUACUAGGAAUGGUGAUAUUUGCAGCGACCGGAUACGAUGAUCAGAACCCGAACGCAUUGAUAAUGGAGGGUUUAUUGGGAUCAUUCUCUUCAGGUAUUCUAAUAUACAUGGCCUUGGUUGAUCUAAUUGCAUUGGAUUUCUUCCAUAACAAGAUGUUGACGACAGCCGGUGAAUCGGGUUCUUGGCUCAAGAAGCUCUGUUUUGUGGCUUUGGUUUUAGGUUCUGCCUCUAUGUCAUUGCUUGCUCUCUGGGCUUAAGACAAAAAUAGAGGUUUAUAUACUAAUUUGGCCAAAUAUUAUGAAUAUCUAAAUCUGUUUUAACAUAUUUGAACUUGGUUUACUUUAUAAAUAUAUCUAAUUACA